UGCAGUGAGCCGUGAUCGUGCCACUGCACUGUAGCUUGAGCAACAGAGCUUAAAAAAAAAAAAAGAGUUUUAUAGUUUUACAAAAAUUAUCUCCUUUGUCUUAAAAUGAGUAGAAUCUUUGCAAUUUGGGGGCCAAACCAAACUGAGGUAUACUUUAAAAAGUAAUAUUAUUUUUCAAUUAAAAGAUACUUACUUUCUACUCUGACAGAGUUAAUAUUUUCAGUGUCAGAGUUUUGUGCUAAUUAACUUUUUCUUUAAUAAGUAUACCCAGGAAAUGGCAGGAAAUGCAAGAAUCAUGUGUUAGCUGUCCAAGGAAAAUGUAUAGAAUAUUUAAAUUUACAUAGGGUAUGAUAUCACAGUUUGGCAUACUUGUCCCAGAACACACACUUAUGUAUGACUUUUAAGUCAUUUGGGUUUUAUAAUCAUUAUGGCUUUGAUAAGGUUUGCAAGAUAAAAAUUUUACCUCAGAGAAUAAGACAAGGUUACAUUGUGCAUAUUAAAUUCAUAAAUAUCAUAUAAGUUGCUUUUGGGUUCAUGAUUGCUUUUCACCUGUACUUUCCAUCUGUCAUGAACAGGGAUCCCUGAGAUGUUCAUACUCUGCAUUCUCAUGUGCAUGAUCCUUAGAUUUAAGAAGGGUGAGUGGGAGAAAGCUGCUUUAUGGAAAUAUAAGUUCACAGCAUUCAUGUAUUUUGUGUUCCACUGCAAAUAUUGCAUGCUGCAUACUUGUAUGCUGCAUACUUGUAUUUCUCUGAAAAUGAAGAACAGGCUUACACACACAAAAAAAUUUAGUUUCGUUUUUGCCAAUAGUUGGAACAGAUGGAGGAAUGUUAGAUAUAAUACCUUUUCUAUUUUUUCUAAAAUGAAUUCUGUAGUAUUUUUCAAAAGACAAGGAAAAAAUUUAUAUUUAAACUCAAAGUGGCUACAAAUCAGCUCCUAAACUGUCACUGGCAUUAGCAUAUAGAUUUUGUAGUUUUUACAAAUCUUUUACAGUAUUUAUUUACUAAGAAAACAUUGCAUUAAUGCAUGUUACAAAAUUGAUAAGUUUUCCUUCAAAGUGGAAUGCAGUUUAAAGUGACUGAAUUUUCUAAUUUCAGCUACUGCAUUUGACAAGGAUACAUACUGGAAAAUGGAACUGGUAUCAUCUAAUUUCUUUAGGCUCUUUCACUUAUGGUAGUUGGAAAAAAUCUUUCCAUGUCAGAUUAUGUAGAUCAUAUUAUUGAUGACUAAUAUUAAUUACUGUGCUCUUUAGCCUUGACAGCAAUGAAGAAUUCUGGGUGGAUAUAGUUCAUUGAAAUAAUUUAGGUGUAUUUUAAAUACAUGUUUUCAAUUAAAAAAACAGAUCUUUGGCACUUGGCUUUUAAUUAUCUAAACAUUGACAUUCUUACAUUGUACUCUUUAUCAUUGAUAUGAAUGUUGCAAUUCCAUUAACUGCACAUCACAAUUUUAGCAUAUACUUUAAAACAGUGGCAUAGUUGGCUGUAGAUACAAAUUAAUUUUAGAUUGAAAUGUAUCUUUGUCACAUGUUACCUAUUUUUAUUUUUGUGUGUGCAUAUGAUGACAAACCUUUCCAUAUUGAGAAUAAGAUAAAAUGAUAUCUAAAAUGUUAGUCAUGAAACUUUCAACCUUAGCAAUUAAUGUGCCUCUGAGGUUAUGCUGUUAAGGGCUAAAGUAGUAGUAUUUUCAGUGAGCUAUUCUGCCAGUUGCCACACGUGCUGAAAAGAUCUAUGUAAAUCUUUUUUUGCUAGGCAUAGUAGAUAAAUGGUUUUAUAAAAAAAAAUAUUUUUAUAGGAAUUAAUUCUGAUGCUCUCCAGAGAUUUUUAUGCUUACCUAUUUUUUUUGUUAGACUUCAGCCAAUAAAUUUACCAUUGUUCUUACAUUGGAAAAUUCCCUGACUAGUAACAAUCAACCAGGCCCUUUAAAAAGAGAGAAAAUAGACAGCUGUAACCAAUUGUUGAGCAUGUAAUCAAUCACUUUAUAAGAGAAAUCCAUCCAUUAAUCUGUUCUUCCUUUGCUUUUUAUUCUGUCAUAAAGGAUGGGUUUAUUUUAGAGCUUAUGGUUUUGAACUACCACUUCCAGCUUCUGGAGACACAAUGAUUAACUUGCUUAUCUUCUACAACCCAGCAUGUUCCAAAUCAAACCUUUUUCAUCUUGUUUCUUCUAGAUUUUACAACCAAUUAUAGUGACAAUACCAGUUCCAUUUUGCCUCCAAUUCAGUUGAUUAUAUAUUUUUUCUAUUUAUUUCUCAUUUUAUAAUUGAUAUCUGCAAUAAUCAGCAGCUCUUUUCUCAUUUAUUUUCUCAUAUUUUUAUUCCAGGAUUUGCCUCUGAAGCAGGGAGUGUCUGCAUUAAAAAUGACCUGUAGUUCUCUGCUUCAUAGGUUAGAAACUUAUUUUAAUAUUUUGUGGCUAAGCACAGUCCCACUUUUCAAAUUCUAUAAUGAAUUAUUUAAUUGGCAUUGAAUGUGGACCACAAGAAUAUAUUUCAUAUUGGGGUUUUCUUUAUUACUUUAAAUGAUUAAAAUUCAAUAGGAUGUCCGGCUGAGGCAAUAAAAGCUUUAUUUUUGCUUUACAGCUUAAAACAUUAAAUUAGAUUUUUAAAAUCUAUUGAUUGUAACACAAGUUAAAUAAUGCUAUUUGGGCAUUUUUAAAAAUUGCAUUUCUUAGGCCUUAUAUUGCUUGAAGCAUUUAUAUUCUAAAACGUAACCAAAUUCCGACUAUUCAUUUUGGGGAAAAACAAUCAGUUCGCAAAUCACAUUUUCAAUGGGACUGCUAGCCAGCAUAGGUGAAAACAUGUAUAGUGUAUUUACUCUUGAAUUGUACACUGCAGAUGCUUCUUCAGCUCCCUCCUCUUCCUCCAUGGGCGGUGCUUGCAGCUCCUUUACCACCUCUUCCAGCCCUACCAUUUAUUCUACCUCAGUCACCGACAGCAAGGCUAUGCAAGUGGAGAGCUGCUCCUCAGCCUUGGGGAACAUUGGAAAACCAAAAAGGAACUGGAGUAAAGAAGAGCCCUAUGUUGUGUGGACAAUAUCCUGUUAAAAGUGAGGGAAAGGAGCUGAAGAUAGUUGUACAACCUGAGACACAGCACCGAGCUCGGUACCUUACUGAGGGCAGCCGAGGCUCAGUAAAAGACAGAACACAGCAAGGCUUUCCUACAGUAAAGCUGGAAGGCCACAAUGAACCUGUAGUGUUGCAGGUGUUUGUGGGCAACGACUCUGGACGAGUGAAACCACAUGGAUUUUAUCAGGCCUGCAGGGUAACUGGACGAAAUACAACUCCUUGCAAAGAAGUGGACAUUGAAGGCACUACUGUUAUAGAAGUUGGCCUUGAUCCUAGCAACAACAUGACACUGGCGGUGGACUGUGUAGGGAUAUUGAAAUUGAGGAAUGCUGAUGUUGAAGCCAGAAUAGGAAUUGCUGGUUCCAAGAAGAAAAGCACUCGUGCCAGAUUGGUUUUUCGAGUUAAUAUCACGAGGAAAGACGGCUCCACUUUGACACUGCAAACACCCUCUUCUCCAAUUUUGUGUACUCAGCCAGCAGGAGUGCCAGAAAUCUUGAAGAAAAGCUUGCAUAGCUGUUCAGUGAAAGGAGAAGAAGAAGUGUUUUUAAUCGGCAAGAACUUUCUGAAAGGAACUAAAGUUAUUUUCCAAGAAAAUGUUUCUGAUGAAAACUCUUGGAAGUCAGAAGCUGAAAUUGACAUGGAAUUAUUUCAUCAGAAUCAUCUUAUUGUGAAGGUUCCCCCCUAUCAUGAUCAACAUAUAACUUUGCCUGUAUCAGUGGGAAUAUAUGUAGUGACGAAUGCUGGAAGAUCUCAUGACGUUCAACCAUUCACUUAUACUCCAGACCCAGCAGCUGGUGCUUUGAAUGUAAAUGUGAAGAAGGAAAUAUCUAGUCCAGCGAGACCUUGCUCUUUUGAAGAGGCCAUGAAAGCAAUGAAGACUACUGGAUGUAAUUUAGAUAAGGUAAAUAUUAUUCCUAAUGCCCUGAUCACUCCACUCAUACCAAGCAGUAUGAUUAAGAGUGAAGAUGUUACUCCAAUGGAAGUAACAGCAGAAAAAAGAUCUUCCACUAUUUUCAAGACUACAAACACAGUUGGAUCAACUCAGCAAACAUUAGAAAACAUCUCAAACAUAGCAGGAAAUGGCUCUUUUUCAUCACCGUCAUCUUCCCACCUGCCUUCAGAAAAUGAAAAACAGCAGCAGAUUCAGCCCAAGGCUUACAACCCAGAGACCCUGACAACUAUUCAAACCCAGGACAUCUCACAGCCUGGUACUUUUCCAGCAGUUUCUGCUUCUAGUCAGCUGCCCAACAGCGAUGCUCUAUUGCAGCAGGCUACACAGUUUCAGACAAGAGAAACUCAGUCUAGAGAGGUAUUACAGUCAGAUGGCACAGUGGUUAAUUUGUCACAACUGACUGAGGCGUCACAACAACAGCAGCAGUCACCACUACAAGAACAAGCACAGACUCUACAGCAGCAGAUUUCAUCAAAUAUUUUUCCAUCACCAAAUAGUGUGAGUCAGCUUCAGAAUACUAUUCAGCAGUUGCAAGCAGGGAGUUUUACAGGCAGUACUGCUAGUGGCAGCACUGGAAGUGUUGACUUGGUCCAGCAAGUUUUAGAGGCACAGCAACAGUUAUCUUCAGUUUUAUUUUCUGCUCCAGAUGGUAAUGAGAAUGUUCAAGAGCAGCUUAGUGCAGACAUUUUUCAACAAGUCAGUCAAAUUCAAAGUGGUGUAAGCCCUGGAAUGUUUUCCUCAACAGAGCCAACAGUCCAUACCAGACCAGAUAAUUUAUUACCUGGAAGAGCUGAAAGUGUUCAUCCACAGUCUGAAAACACGUUAUCUAAUCAACAGCAGCAGCAGCAGCAACAGCAAGUGAUGGAAUCUUCAGCCGCAAUGGUGAUGGAGAUGCAGCAGAGUAUCUGCCAGGCAGCUGCCCAGAUUCAGUCAGAGUUAUUCCCUUCAACUGCUGCAGCAAAUGGAAACCUUCAGCAAUCACCAGUUUACCAGCAGACUUCUCACAUGAUGAGUGCAUUGUCUACCAGUGAGGAUAUGCAAAUGCAGUGUGAAUUGUUUUCUUCUCCUCCUGCAGUUUCUGGAAAUGAAACUUCUACAACCACCACACAGCAGGUUGCAACCCCUGGCACUACCAUGUUUCAGACACCAAGUUCAGGAGAUGGAGAAGAAACUGGAACACAAGCAAAACAGAUUCAGAACAGUGUCUUUCAGACGAUGGUCCAAAUGCAACAUAGUGGGGACAGUCAACCUCAAGUUAACCUUUUUUCGUCCACAAAAAGUAUGAUGAGUGUUCAGAAUAGUGGUACGCAGCAACAAGGUAAUGGUUUAUUCCAGCAAGGGAAUGAGAUGAUGUCACUUCAAUCUGGAAAUUUUUUGCAGCAGUCUUCUCAUUCACAGGCCCAGCUUUUUCAUCCUCAAAAUCCUAUUGCUGAUGCUCAGAACCUUUCCCAGGAAACUCAAGGUUCUAUUUUUCAUAGUCCAAAUCCUAUUGUCCACAGUCAGACUUCUACAACCUCCUCUGAACAAAUGCAGCCUCCAAUGUUUCAUUCUCAAAAUACCAUUGCUGUGUUACAGGGCUCUUCAGUUUCUCAAGACCAGCAGUCAGCCAACAUAUUUCUUUCCCAGAGUCCUAUGAGUAAUCUUCAGACUAACACAGUAGCCCAAGAAGAACAGAUUUCAUUUUUUGCAGCACCAAACUCAAUUUCUUCACUUCAGUCAACAUCAAACACUGAACAGCAAGCUGCUUUCCAACAGCAAGCUCCAAUAUCACACAUCCAGACUCCUAUGCUUUCCCAAGAACAGGCACAGUCCUCCCAGCAGGGUUUAUUUCAGCCUCAAGUGUCCCUGGGCUCCCUUCCACCUAAUCCAAUGCCUCAAAGCCAACAGGGAACCAUGUUCCAGUCACAGCACUCAAUAGUUGCCAUGCAGAGUAACUCUCCAUCUCAGGAGCAGCAGCAGCAGCAGCAACAACAACAGCAGCAGCAGCAGCAACAACAACAGAGCAUUUUAUUCAGUAAUCAGAAUACCAUGGCUACAAUGGCAUCUCAAAAGCAACCACCACCAAACAUGAUAUUCAACCCAAAUCAAAAUCCAAUGGCUAAUCAGGAGCAACAGAACCAGUCAAUUUUUCACCAACAAAGUAAUAUGGCCCCAAUGAAUCAAGAACAGCAGCCCAUGCAAUUUCAGAGUCAGUCCACAGUUUCCUCACUCCAGAACCCUGGUCCUACCCAGUCUGAAUCAUCACAGACCCCCUUGUUCCAUAGCUCUCCUCAGAUUCAGUUGGUACAAGGGUCACCUAGUUCUCAAGAGCAGCAAGUAACACUCUUCUUAUCUCCAGCAUCCAUGUCUGCCUUGCAGACCAGUAUAAAUCAACAAGAUAUGCAACAGUCUCCUCUUUAUUCCCCUCAGAACAACAUGCCUGGAAUUCAAGGAGCCACAUCUUCGCCUCAACCACAGGCUGCUUUAUUUCACAACACAGCAGGAGGCACAAUGAACCAACUACAGAAUUCUCCUGGCUCAUCUCAGCAGACAUCAGGAAUGUUCUUAUUUGGCAUUCAAAAUAACUGUAGUCAGCUUUUAACUUCUGGACCAGCUACAUUGCCUGAUCAGUUGAUGGCCAUAAGUCAGCCAGGCCAACCACAAAAUGAGGGCCAGCCACCUGUUACAACACUUCUUUCUCAGCAAAUGCCGGAGAAUUCUCCACUGGCAUCAUCUAUAAACACCAACCAGAAUAUUGAAAAGAUUGAUUUGCUUGUUUCGUUGCAAAACCAAGGGAACAACUUGACUGGCUCCUUUUAACUGGAUAUAAAUUCCAUGAAGAAAAUCCUGAUUCCAAGAUGUCCUGAGAUCUUGUGGUUUCAUGAGAAUGAUUGAACUGUUAACUUUAAAAACAAAACAAGAUAUGAAAAAUUGUAUUUGAGUAAAUUGAUAGAUUUUACUCUGACUGCAAAAGAGCACACCUAUGCUGCUUGUUGCAGUGAUGAACCACCAACGUUAACAUCUUCAUAUUUUAUAUUCCUAAUAACAGUGAUGACUGAGAAUCCAUUUGAGUUUCCAGCUGGCAGAAUUAAUUGUUACUAUUUUCUUGGGCGUAAUUUCCUUAAAAGUACAGUUUAAAUUCAAGGCUGGACCACUCAGUUGUUAUUGCUAUUAGAAAAUGAUAUGUCAUGUUUACUUUUGUUCUUCAUUAUUUUCUUUCCUGUGUUGUUUUAGUCAAGUAAUGGCUUUUGAAAAAGUAAAGUUCAGUAAUAACUAAGGCAUAUUUUUUCAAUAUAAAAGGCACAGCUGUUGGCCACAGUGAAGGAAUCUUUUUUUCAGUUUUUAUGGAGAAACUGAAGGGGUAACAUUCUAACAAGUAAACUGUAUAUGCAGAUAAAAGGACUCUUGAUUUAACAAAAAGGCAUAUGAUACACUUAUAAAACUGGGAACAGCUGGAAUGCUAUCGAUUUUAUUUUUCAGAGAGUUGUUCUCUGAGUUUCUACUAAGGGGUUUAGCCAUAACUGUGCAUAGAAAAAUAAUUACCUUUAUUUUAAAAAUGAAGGGGAUAAUAUAUGAUAAAUUAUGUUCUGAUAUCCUCCUACAGUAGUUUAAACUGACAGAAAAAUUUGAGUGUUUUCUUCUUAACCCAGUAUUAGGCUGGUUUUCCCUUUUUAUAUACAUCUGUAUUACUUUUCACUUCUUUUUCACUUUAGAGAACUAUUACUAUACUACUGGCUUCAUGACCCUGUAGCAUCUUUGGCCACUUUAAUCUAGGGUGACCUAGCAAUCCUGCAGCACAGGGCAGAGAUUAUUCUCUUAGGAAUUAUUGGGAGUUGAUUCCUGAGAAACAACACAUUUUUUCCCCAUGAACGGUGCUGUUCUGAAGUCUUCAAAUUUUUCCCUCUAAUAGGAAACAGUAUAAAUUUCAAUUAGGAAAAAAAAAAAGGCAAACUAAAAUUUCUUGAAACAUCACUUCUCCCUGAUCUGCAGUGAGUGUAAAUUCACUUGUCACCUCAGUGCUUUACAGUUUGAAGUGGUCACUUCCCACAAGCCUUAGGCUUUACAGGGUCAUAUCAUUAACUUAAAAUGAAGAAUUAACUUGUGUUACAUCUAUAAAGAGCAAAAUAACACUCCAGAACUUGGCAGUUGUAGCAUUAGUUAUACAGUUUUGGGUGUUCUUGCCACCCGUGGGAUGCCUGCUUCUCACUACCACCUGUGUCUGGACACAUGCUUAUGUCUCAUUUUUCUUUUGGCAUGUGGAAAGCUGUCAAUGCAGUGUAAGGCCAACGUGUGUGUGGCUUCUAUGUGUUUAUAUAAUGUUUUGGUAUCCUUGUUCGUUUCAUUUAUUUUUUAAGUGUACAAAAAAUAGCCUGUUAAUUGUUGAAGGCUACUUUUCUGUUUUUGUUUUCUGUUUUUGUUUUCUAUCAUGUACAUUUAGUUCAACUGUGUAGAAUUGUGGUGUUGGUUUUGUUUAUACAGCCAGAUUUUUCCUUUUUUCUUUUUUUGUGAUGAUCUUCCUUUGUUCUUUGAAUGUGCCCUUUUAAGUUGUCUUUUUCUCUUUAUUCUCAUGUUUUCUUCCCUCCACCUCCACCCCUUUCUUUCUUUCUCUCUCUGAUUGAGAGGCAUUGAAUUACGUUUUCAGUAGUACAGGCUUCUUGCCGAUAUGAAGGGAACUUUUCAGAAAGAGACCUACUCUGGGUCAUUUAAUUUUGAAUACAGUUUUCAAUCGUUCAAGUUUUGGAUGGUUUAUAUCUAAUGUGUGUUUCAUUUUUUUGGAAAGCUAUAUUUUGUAUUUAGGAAAUGGUAUACUAUUUUGCUAUUUGUACUGAGUGAGUACAUUGGCAUAAAUAUAGAAAUUUAUAUAUAUACAUAUAUAUAAACUAUUCUUUUUUGCCACACAUUUUUGUGGUAAAUUUGUGAGUUUGUCUGAUGUUCUACCACAACGUGGCGUCUGAUAACAGUGAGGGGGGGGGGUUUGUUAUGUCUUUAUUGAGUAUUUAAGUAUCUUUUGAAACAAAUGACCUGUUCAUCUGUGGCCAUUCCAUCAGGCAGUUCCUUGAUGUUAGUAGUGGGCUAAAGGCAGCUUACUGUGUGUUUGCUGGAGCUUUCACUCAGCCAAGUGUUAGAGUAAGGAAACCCAUUGAGGCAAUGGCGUCAAAUGGUGUUUCACAAGAAUGAGCCAUUCAGUCUUUGCUCACUAUAUAUUUAAUAUUUUAUUAUUAUUAUUAAUUGGCUUUCUGUAUUCUAUGCCUUUUAUUUAUAAAGACACUAAGAAAACCCAUGUUUGUAAUUUUAAUAACAUUUUUCCCCAUCUUGUAAUAUCCUGAGCUACUUUAUAAAUUCUCUGAACCAAAAGUAUUUUCCUCAGUGUAUCUCUUCUCCCCCAGCCCUUUUGGGAAAAAUUACCCAGUAUAGUUCAGGUUAUGAGGAGGAUCAGCCACACAAUCCAGUGCUUCAGUUUGAAAAUGUAAAACUCUAACCCUAAAGUAGGGUUGAUUGAAAUGUCAGACAAAGCAAACCCAGCAGGUAUAAAAAGAAGUAGUAGAAAUAAAAAUCUGUAAGUUUAUUUUUGAAUUUUCUGAACUUUUUUCUAGGAGAUUAUGUAGGAGACUAAAGGAAUCUGUUGACCAAGUUCUAAUUAGGAUGAUUGUUAAUACUGCACUGUAGAUGAAGUAGUGGCAAGACUGGCUUGUGUGCUGACUUCUUUUCUGUGGUUUAGCAAGAGGUUUAUUGUUAUAAAAUGCUGAUUGGCAAUGCCAAGUCACUGGGACCAAUUUUCUGUUUUAUAAUCUAAGUUUGGAACAGAAUAUAUACCUGAACUGUAGUGGUUUGAUUGGAUGGAGGCAGAAAAUCCAAUUUUUAUUCUCAUAAAUUUUGUGAUUAUUUAUACAAGGGCUGUGCUAUGCUAUCAUAUUCUCGUUCAAUAAUAAUAGUUUUUUUUGUGUUUUUACAUUGUUAAAUGUUCCUAACCCCUAAAGGUCAAUAUUAAGUACAACAUUCUGAAAAUACAAUUUGGUUACGAAGAGUAUUCAUCUUCUUUGAAGCUCAGUGGUUGAUACUUGUGCUAAUAAUGCAAUUUCCUGAUUAAUGUUACAAGUUACAGCUACAUAUAGGAGAGACUCAGUUAGCCAGCAAAGGCCAUAGAAACAACAAUGUAUUAAAUGUAUUUAUGGCAGAAGGACCUAAAUAAACUGUGAGCCACCUUUUCUUUCUUUGUAUUGUUACAUUCAAUUGUUGAUUUCAGCAACUCACAUUAAUGCUUGGAGCUUAUCUCUCUCUCUCUCUCUCUCUCUCUCUCUCACACACACUCUCUCCCCCCCUUCUCUCUCUCUCUCUCUCUCUGUGUGUGUGUGUGUGUGUGUGUGUGUGUGUGUGUGUGUGUGAGAUUCCUUAUUGUCAUCAUUCCAUUAUAUAUCCAGACCAACAUGGGUGACAAUAAUUCUAAGUCAUAUUUUUCCUCUGAGCUUGAUCAUGUUACCUUUAUGAUUAGAGUAUCAUGUUAUUUAGCCAUUGCAAAUCUGUUUUAAAACAACUCAUUUU